GCAGGGCACGCCUUCUUCAACCUUUGCACAAUGUUUGUCAGUUUUCCAAACAGACAAAUGGAGUGAAUGUGAAGCCUGAGAGCCAGCAUAAGGCACCUAAAAUCUGUAAAGGCAGUAGCGGAGUUACUGGUGAUCAGUUUUACAGAACACGAGGACUAUCUACUCCAAUGUGGGGAAUUUUACACUACUACACGGUCAUUCAACCUUGCCCUCUAGUGGGGUUCUGUGGCUACAACACCCUUCCUGGUCAAAAGAGAAGUCAUACAACACCCUGCAUAAUCUCAGGAGAUGCAGCAUCCCAUUGAAGUGAGUUUGACCUGUUGAAGAACUGUAAUCCCAGCACCAGGUACAUAAUCGGUAGUGUGCGCUGGAUUAUAUUAAGGGACUGGCAAUUGGAACAUGGAGAUACAUGGGAUACACUCAUAUAAGCGAUGAUUAAAUGCUUGAAGUCCUGCUCAAGAAGCUGCAAAUUGAGUCACACGGGAGAGGACACUUCCCAGUAGAGCCAAGAAAAACAAAAGAGGGAUGGAAGCAUUUGCAAAUACAAGCACACAACCCACAGCCACACCAGCUCCAAAUGACACAUGGAAGACCACCUCUCACAGGUGGGAGUUCCUGGUGGCCGUCUUGGCCACUGCCAUCUCCAUCUCCAUUCUCAUGGCCCUCUUGGCUAAGUGUCAAGUGCUUCGGCGCUACCUGGCCAGCUACCGGCACACUCGUUUGAGGGAGACAGACACAGUAGGCCAGCGUGAGCAGUCAGGUCUGGAGGUGGGGUUUGACAUGCAUGGGGAAUGUGAAAUCAACCCUCACCAUCUUGUGAGUGCUGAAGAUGAUGAUGGCUUCAUUGAGGACAACUAUAUCCCGACGAGUGAAAGAGAGAGAGCUGAAAGAGCAGCAGAGAACAUGGAGGACACAGAGGAUGAGAUGGAUGAAAUUGAAUUCACCGUUACUUAGAUGAGAGUGAUGUUAGGCCUCAUUUGAACACCUGAACCCUCAGGCGAACCCUCAUGUCCACUCCUGCUUUUUUAUUUUUUUAUUCUGUGUUGCACAUUUUAAUGACCAGCUGGGCAUUUAAUGAUUGAAGCAUUCAAAAAUUAUCAAGCACUUUAUUGCUCUUUCAUUCUAAGGACAUAAUAAUAGUACAAAGUGUCAUUCAGGUGUGCAGACUUAUGAAAUUGUUUUUGGAUAUUAAAUACAAACCAAGAGGAA